AUGUUCCGAGAGAACUUCAUUGCCAAUAAUAUCUCACACUAUACUUACCAGCUUAAAAGCGAGAGAGCAUACAGAAUAGUACUACGCGGACUCCAUGCAUCAGAAAAUACCACAGAAAUUUCAAAAGAAUUGUAUGAAAUUGGACAUGAAGUGAGACAAAUAGUCAAUAUCAGACAUCGUGUUACAAAGGAACCGUUGCCUGUAUUUUAUGUCAAGUUAGAACCAAAGCCAAACAACAAAGCCAUUUUCGAUGUGAAAUACUUUAAUAACAUGAAGAUUACUUUUGAAGCCCCAUAUAAGAAAAAGGAAAUCAUUCAGUGCAAGAGAUGUCAGAGAUUUGGGCAUUCCAAGAACCAAUGUUUUAGGCCCUAUCGCCGUGUUAAAUGCGGUAGCGCUCACCCCACAACAACAUGUAAAAAAAAACCAGACACUGAGGCUACUUGCGCGAACUGUGAUGAAAAACACCCCGCUAGCUACAAAGGAUGCAAAGUGUACAAACGGUAUAGAGAAAGAAUUCUUAAAUUAGAUCCUAAGUCAAAAGAAAAACCAAUGCCUAACAAUAAAGAGACCAAAAACCCGGAUCCCCGCCUGGGUACUAAGACUAACCGGACAGACAAUCAAAGCUUAACCAAAACUUAUUCAGAAGCAACAAAAACCAAAGAACAAGAUACUCAGCAAGACACAAAGAACGACUUGGGCGACUUUUCUGAUUUAAUGGACAUAAUGUUUGAAAAACUACAACAUUCAAUGGUGACAAUGACGGAAAAACUCAUGGACAAAAUGAUGGACCGCAUGGUCCAGCUAGUCAGCAGCCUGGUGAAAAAUGACCCGAAACCUCCAAGUAGUAACUUGGAACGCCAACGACUUGACCGAAAGACGUCAAGAAUUAGAACAGAAAUGAUUGACAUAGCACUAAUCUCUGAAACAAGAUUCACACCGAAAACACACAUAAACUUUAGAGGAAAGUGA